AGACGGCAAAAAAUAUAGAAAGGACACAAUUUAUGAAAUUGUUCGCCAAGAACUGGAAAUCAGUGGCUGGUACAGAAGUGUACAGCAAAUUAAACAAAAGUGGCAGGUAUUAAAGAGACAAUACUCUGAAAUAAAAAAACAUAACAAUUGUAGUGGUAACAGUUGCAUGGAAUACCAUCCAUUGAUGUGCGAAAUCCUUGACUCAAGACCAUCAUCAAUUCUUGAAAAUAACGGGUGCGAUACUCUUGAUAUUGAACACUUAAAUGGCGAAUGGAAUGAAGAAUAUUUGAAUGACAACACAGAUGAGCACAAUUCAGACUUUGAUUUGCCUUCGACAUCCGCAUUUUUGAACUCGCAGAAUAACGCAGAUGAAACGAAUUGGGAGUUAGGAAUAGAUGACUUGCCUUCGACGUCAACUUCAUCAAAUACCACCACAACGCAAAUUCGACUAGAUCGAUCGAAGGGCAGAGGAAGUUACGCAAAGGCAUUGUCCAGCUUUCAUGAAAGUUGGUCUCGCGAAUGCAAAAUUAUGAUUAGCCGCCAAGAAAAAUUCUUUAGCGAGGAAGCGGAAAAACAGCGUGAAUGGGAAACGAAAAUGCUGGAAGAGCAGCGUAAGCACAAUGAAAAUUUGGUGCGUAGUAGCAAUGAGACAAUUGAAAGUGCUAUCAGAGGUCUAAUUGCAUCGCAGAAUUUAAAUUAA